AUGCCGGCUACAAGCACGGCCCCCGUCACAGUCACUCACUGUGCCACGGCCUGGCGCCACUUGGACGCUCAGAAGUUGAUGUGUCCGAGUCCGACCGAUGUGCAGUUUUGGCAACGUGGCAACGCAUCGCACCAUCGAGGUGAUGACGGCUCCAACGCUGUCAAAAACUUGACCGAUGGAGCCUUCACGAUCACUGGCAAGCCUUCCAAAGGUUCACCUGUCAAUGCUCUUGGCACGAUUCCGCUUACUUCUGGGCAAUACUUCGAGGACGGUGAUGGACCAUUCAUUGGAGUUGGGAAGCUGGAGAACUUCGCACAAGGAUACAAGUGUAAGGGUCUCCUGUUUGGUGGCCCGGGCAAUUUGUCCAACGGCUCUGCGCUCAUGAAGGGGGAGUUUGGAGAGCAGGUCUCGAAGGGCUCGGUCGUUGGCAUCCUCUUCGAGAUGACUUCAGACCUUGUGACCCUGACCGUGUACCAAGACGGGCGAUGCCUGGGGCCGGCUUUUACAGCAAAGCGACAGGAGAAGGCCCAGCUCUUUCCGCUGGUUCAGGCGAAGAGCGAUGGCGACACCUUCCGGAUUGCCUUCAAGGCCCCGCCGGCAGUCCGCAGCAGAGAAGCUGGCUGCCAGGAGGGAUUCGGGGGCAGUUGGGCCAUCGAGAAGAUGAUGGUUGGUCCCGAACUCGGCGAGUACCCGCUUUUCACAAAGAUGAACGAGAAGCCAGUCGUAUUAAAAGUUACCAUGGGCCCAAGCGGCUCUGUUCGGAUGGGCGCCAAAGUUGUGAACGUGCUCAAUUUUUCCGCAUCCUCGGGUGCCGAUGCCAGCUUGGCUCCCUUUGAUGCCUUGACAGUGAAUCCUGGCAUCUCAACGAUGAUGGCAGGCCCGGAGCCUAUGAUGGACGCCGAGUCGAAGCUUUCAAACGGACUUCAGGGUGCCCGCAAGUGGAUCGUUUCUAAUGGCAAGCUGCUGAUCAAUGGACCAACCUUUGAGAUCUCCUGCGCUCGCCACAUUGAGUCGUUCGAACCUGUGGAUACGGAGAUCUGUCCUUGUCUAACCAGCAUGUGGACUCGUUUGGCUGUGGCUCGCUUUGGAGCAUCCUGCCUUCACGAGGCCCAGGGAUUUGCCAAUCUGCGGCUCGAAAUGUGCAGCCAGGCCCACAGCCCUCAGCGACAUCUGACCCUCCAGCAGAUUGCCGGCAGGGAGAUCAGGAAUGGGAACCUGCGUCAGGCGACCUGGCUUCUGAACACUUGUCAGAAAAGCCAACAGGCAGCCGAUCCCGAAGUUUACAGCCAGAUCAUCACGGCUUUUGCUGCACGUCGACUGAUGAGGGAGGCGGUGAGCUGGAUGAACGCGGCACUGGCAAUGGACCUGGAGCUGGAUGCUGCCGCUUUUGCUGCUGUAGAUCUUCAUCAGAGCAAGAAAGAUGUCGGUCCACGGGAGGAGUUGGACGAAGAAGGCCACAAAAAGUGGUGGAGAACGGUCUCACGAAUGAGGGAGGGUGGUCUUUUGGAAGGCACUGUGGGCCGAGAUGCGCUGCGCUAUCUCCAGAAAGCUUGCCAAUCUCGGCUAAAAGUUCAGGCCACUGUGUUCCAGGAUGCCAUCCGUGGCUUCAGAGACGAUCCAGAUUCUGCGGCCGAGUGCCUUCAAUGUGCAAGCAAGCUGCGUCUGGAGCAGGAGGCCUCCACCUUCCAUUCCGUAAUCAUGAAAUGCUGCAUGCAUGGCCUGCUAGACAAAGCAUCGGCACUUGUGGAUACCAUGGCCGAGAGCGGAUGGCAGCCUGCAUCUGACAUCUACCGUGCCUUGUGCCACGGUCAGGCAUUGAGGCACAACGAGACCGGCGUGGAAUUCUGGCUUUCCAAGCUGGAGGAUACCGAGAUGGAGCUGGCCCCGUUUCGCUUGAUGUCGUAUCAUCGAGCAGCAAAAGGCAAGGCGGAGUCAUCCGAGGCUUGGCUGGAGCGUGCACAUGAGGCGGCACUACAUCCUGAUGUUGCCUGUUACAACGAGGUCCUGGCAGCCUUCUCGCGGCCCAAUAAGGGCUGUGCAACCGAAUGGGCUCUGCCUGCCAAGCGGGCGCAUGGAGCGUGGAGGUGCUUUCAGCAAAUGCGUCAAAAGGCUGUCGAGCCGGAUGCUGGAUCCCACAGGUCGGUACUGCGCGGCUUUGCCCGGUCUGGCCUUACGAGGCGUAGCGUGGAAUGGAUGCAGCAGAUGCUGGUGGUGAAUGUGGCCGUCGAUGAGACAUGCUACAAUUCGCUGCUUUGUGGCCUUGCGCGGGCCAGAGAGGCUGCACUCGCAUCGACGUGGCUCCAGAGGAUGGUGGUAGACAAGCUGGAAGCAGAUGAGGUCGCCUUCAAUGCUGUGGUUUCGUCCCACUUGGACAUCGGCGACUGGAAGAAGGCUGCACAGUGGCUGAAGCGAAUGGUCAUCCGUAAUCUGACGCCCGUGAGGACUCAUUACAACGAGGUCAUCGACCACUGUGUGCAAGAGGGAGAGUUGGACAAGGCCUAUUCGUGGUUGACUUUGAUGAAGGCCACUCCUCCGUCGUUGCCGGAUCUGGUUUCGUACCAUCACCUAAUCAGUGGUGCUGCGGCGCUGGGAAAAGAGAAACAAGCGGCAGACUGGUUUGGGCAGAUGCGAUGUGCGCGAUUGACACCCGAUCCAGUCAUGUUCACUGAUGUGAUCCACGGCUUCGCAAGAAGCACAGCAUAUGAAGCCGCCACUGCAUGGCUGCGACGCAUGGCGAAAGAAACUGUGCAUCCCACCGUCGCGUGCUACAACGCGCUCAUCUCUGCAUGUGCCAGGCAGCGAGACUUGCGACGUGCGGAGCACUGGUUUGAGCAGCUGCCGAUCCAACGGCUGCAGCCGGGAACAUAUGUCGUACAUUGUGAAAGCAUGCACACAGUAGGCCUCACGUGCGGCGAUUUUAGUGACAUAGUGAGAGACUAA